AUGUCGAAACACGUGCCCGUUCAGAAUGGGAUGCUGCCGUUCUGGCGUACAGAUCCCCACCCUCUGGAUAACUAUCGCUCUAGCGAGACAUUGCCUGAGGAAAGUGAUAUUGUCAUCGUUGGUGCUGGAUAUGCUGGGUCGUCGGUGGCGUAUCACAUUCUUAACCAAGUAGAGCCUGGGACCAAUCCGCCCUCGAUCACUAUUUUGGAGGCGCGGCAGGCAUGUUCGGGGGCUACUGCUCGGAAUGGUGGACAUAUGAAGCCCGAUCUAUACAACUGGAUAUCUUCUGUUGCUGCGGAUCAUGGAGUCGAGGCGGCUGCAGAGAUCGCGAAGUUUGAAGCGAGACAUGUCUAUGCUGUCAAGGAGUUUGUCGAAAGGGAGAAAAUUGACUGUGACUAUACUGUCACAAAGGCAGUUGAUGUGCAGCUGGAUGCAGAUCACUUCAACAAGCUCACGGCCGGUCGCGAGCGGCUCAUUGCGGGAGGCUGCGCCCCCACAAAGGAGGCACAAUGUGUCGGCCCCAGGGAUGCGGAGGCAUUCUCAGGGGUCAAGGGCGCAGCGGGCUGCUUCACCUAUGACGCGGGCCACAUCUGGGCCUACAAGUUUGUACUUCAUCUUCUUGAAAAGGUCUUGGCCCAAGGUGUGAACCUGCAGACACAUAGUGCGGUUUCAAAUAUUUCUAAGUCAACUGACCCGGCUUCUGUCUAUCCCUGGCGGGUCGAGACACCGCGCGGGGCUGUCGCGGCAAAGAAGGUGGUGCUCGCGACGAACGCCUACACUUCGGCUCUUGCGCCCCAGUUCAAGGACAAGAUUGUGCCUGUAAGGGGGACUUGCUGUCGCAUUGCUGUUCCUCCGGCGUCUGCGGCUCCGCGCUUGACAAAGACGUAUACCUUGCGAUGGGGUGGAUGGGAUUACGAUUACCUCAUUCCUCGUGCGGACGGGUCCAUUGUAGUUGGAGGGGCUCGCAGUUCGUUCAUUGACAAGCUGGAUAACUGGUACGAUGUUAGCGACGACUCUCGUGUUCUGGAGUCCGCCGUGCAGUACUUUGAUGGGUAUAUGCAGCGGAACUUUGUCGGGUGGGAGGAUAGCCAUGCUUACACGGACAGAGUAUGGACUGGAAUCAUGGGCUAUUCGUCUGAUGGACUGCCACAUGUCGGUCACGUCCCCGGAGAGGAGGGUCAGUUCAUCCUGGCCGGAUUCACUGGUCACGGCAUGCCGCAGAUCUUCCUUGCAGCAGAAGGCAUCGCGAAGAUGAUAGUUAGUGGAGCCAAGUUUGAGGAGACAGGACUGCCCCGGCUGUUCCAGUCCUCCCAGGCCCGAUUGGACACGCAGGAGAACAAGAUCUUUGAUCAUAACCCGCAGGGUAGCACGCAAGCCAAGCUAUAA